UCCUCUUAUAUGAAGUACUAUGUACCGUACUGUUGCAACGUAAAAAUAUACAGAAAACUAUAUAUCGUAAGAUAUAAACGUGGUGUCUCGUAAAGGGAACAUAUACAGGUGUAUUUGAACAUUGAAUAAGUAUGUUAUGAUAUUUUUGGGACAUUUUUUAACAUGGAACGUGAAGUGGAGCGCAUCUCGGGUUCACAACGAAGCAACCAUGGUAACAAUAUCCACAGGUGGUUUGUGUUCGCAACUGCGUACAUGUCAAUGAUGAUUGAUGUUGGAUUUAUAUUUUCCUCUGGUGCCUUGUUUGUCGACAUUAUGACCACUUUCUCCACCAGCAGAUCUGAGGCUGCUUUAGUCCAAUCCGUUCUUAUGGCUGUGAGAUUUGGGAUAGGAAUGGUCAGUGGAGCAGUGGUUCAGAGAUUUGGGGCUCUGAAAGCUGGUUUGUUCGGAUCAUGUUUGGCAUCAGCUGGUUUAGUUCUGUCGUAUUUUGCCACGUCUGUAAUGUUUCUGGUACUGAGUAUGGGAGUAAUAUUAGCAAUGGGAUCGUCUUGCCUGUUUAUAGCGUCCUCAGUAGCGGUUGGCCAACAUUUCAAAGGUAAAACAGGCCUCGUACUUAUGUCCGCACAGAGUGCCGGAGGAGGUCUUGGCGGAAUGUUGUACCCUUUUGUCUUAGAGUACCUUGGCGACAGCUACGGGCUCAAAGGUGCUCUGUUAAUUGUUGGUGGACUUUAUAUGCAACUCAUACCCGCAUCGUUACUAUGGACACCGCGUGUAAAGCGUUCUAAGGAAGGCAACAUAAACAUAAGCAUGUCUGGUGAAGACAGGACAAAAGUUAAGCCUGCAAAGCACACAGAGAAAGUAGACAAAGAAUGCAGAGAAGAUACUAGAUUUCUUGAAAGCGAUGAUAAAUAUCAACAAACUUCAACUGAAGAUACUGCAGAUGAAAAUAAUGAUAGUGUGCUAAUAGAGCGGCAGUUGACUACAAUAGAUGACAAACAGGGACGAAGAAAAACUGAAGAUAAAAGAAACCCCGAGGUUAAAGCAAACAAUCGUGGAAAAGAUACAGUUUGGGAAAGUUUGAAACAACUAGCAUUCAAUCCUAGUUUUGUUCUAUUUGCAGUUGGAAUGGGAGUUGCAUACCCUGCAUUGGGGAUUCUUUUCAUAUUUAUUGUGGAUUUAUUUCUUGAUGCUGGUUUGACCGAAGAAGAAGCCUCGCUGGGACUUCUUCUUGUCCAUAUGUUUAGUAUAUUUGGUAGGCUGCUACCUGGAAUUGUAAUGCAAUCAAGGCGUAUAGCAUCAUUAUCAGUUCCGAUAUUUGCUGCUUUGCUAACAUCAUCAGCAAUGGUUGGGUUAGCGUUUGUCAAAAGUUUGGAAGUCAAUUUAUUUUUGUGUUGCCUGAUUGGUCUUCCGUAUGGAGUGUUUGUAUCAGUGUUCAGUGUGACAACACUAAAACUGGUCGGAAUAAAACAACUAUCGAAUGCUAUUGGAGUGUUGUUUACGCUGAAUGGACUCGGGAGUGGCCUAGCCGGACCAAUCAGCGGGUUAUUACGAGAUUUGCUGGGAUCAUACACAACUCCAUUCUUAAUAGCAGCUGGGGUUAUUCUUGUAGGUGCCAUGCUGUUCUGUGUAUCUCUACAGAUAAGAAGAAAACACAAGCACUAUGCGACGGAAAGGACAGCUCUCUUACAGAGUGGCAAACAAACUCAGCAAACAAGCAAUACGUAAAUAUUGUGUAAUAUAAAUAGCUAAAAAGAAUCUAAGAAACAUAAAGAAAUGCA